GGUAGGACCCAUUUCCUUCCCCCUCCCCCCCCAAAAACCACUUGGAAAUCUCGCGAUGGAGGGAGGAGGAGGUAUACCCCUAGAAACACUUACAGAAGAAAGUCAGUCAAGACAUGUUCUACCUGCAAGUUUUGAAGCCAACAGUUUGCAGAAAAGCAACUGGGGGUUCUUACUUACUGGGCUUGUGAGUGGGACCCUGGUGGCUGUGUAUGCUGUAGCCACACCAUUUAUAACGCCAGCCCUUCGAAAAGUCUGUUUGCCGUUUGUACCUGCAACUACAAAGCAGAUUGAAAAUGUUGUGAAAAUGUUGCGAUGCAGAAGAGGAUCCCUUGUAGACAUCGGUAGUGGCGAUGGACGCAUUGUCAUAGCGGCUGCGAAGGAAGGGUUCACAGCAGUUGGUUAUGAAUUAAACCCAUGGCUAGUUUGGUACUCCAGAUACCGCGCUUGGCGAGAAGGUGUGCAUGGUUCUGCCAAAUUUUAUAUUUCGGAUUUGUGGAAGGUUACUUUUUCGCAGUACUCGAACGUUGUUAUUUUCGGUGUGCCUCAGAUGAUGCUGCAGUUGGAGAAGAAACUUGAAGUUGAACUUGACGAUGAUGCACGAGUCAUCGCUUGCCGGUUUCCCUUCCCACACUGGACUCCGGACCAUGUCACUGGGGAGGGGAUAGACACCGUGUGGGCAUAUGACGCGAGCACAUUUCGAGGCCGUGAAAAGAGGCCCUGAACAUCGAUGCAUUUCCAGCCGCCCAUUCAAGCAUAAACUUUACUGAGAGUG